UCAUUUUCUGUAAGGGAACCGAAGAAAAUUGGCAACGCGAAAAUGUCCCGAACGAUGGGUAGGGAAGGGGGGUGGAACGUGGAGGAGGGUGAAUUUGUGGAGCAAGCGAACGACGAUGUCGAUGUACGCACCCCUCUGAUCACCGAUCCGUGUCACCCCAGAAAAGGCGACGGUGUGCCCAGAAUCCCCACCCUUGUCGCCUGACUCUCGUUGUAAACAAAAUCGAGGGUUGAGGGUGAGGAAGAGGGCGAGUGGAGGGGGCAGGUACAACGGAGGUGGUGCGAGAGUGCUAGGUGUCGGUGGUACUCGUCAGUAGCACAGCGGUCACAGAUCCUUUCGGAACAGAAAAGCUGUCCGACCUGAGCCAACCAACUGAUCCUUGUCUUUGUCAUCCUGACGAUGGACUGGCGAUCGACCGUCGACAUAUUCAUCGAUCAAAACCAAUAAACGAAACAAGACAUCGUCGUUCAAGAUCUUGCUCUCCAUCGGUCGAUAGGAAAUAGGGAAAAUUGCACGAUCGUAAAGUAAUACCCCAAAAGUGUAUACAAGAGUCUGAUAAAGUGAUCGAUCGUCAGCCUUCUCUGUUUUGAGUGUUGAAUACAAAGAUAAACAAGUUGAAACAAUAAAGAAGGUUUAAAAGGGUGGUCGUUGAGCAACGAUCAAUGGUCGAUUGGCUGCGGCGGAUCGAGAGCAGCCGCGAUGCCAACGUUACACCGGUCGUUGACACAGAUAGUCGCUUGAAAUUCGGUUCAGUGUCCAGCUACUGCAGUUGAUCCAGGGAUUCGGUAGCACGGGUAGAGGGAGGAUGAAGGCUGAAAGCAACAACGGAUACCUGAAGGCGAGCGUGAUCGUCGAGCAGAAUGAGAUAACCGGAGGUUCCGGCCAGGAGACGUCUACCACCAGUCACCUUCAGGUGACUUAUGGUCCCCGUGGAAACACUACGACGACGGUUCUGCAGCAUUCAGGAAACAAUCGGAAGCCUCUCGGAAUAACGCGCGCGACGUCGAUCAGACGAAGAGGGCCAGCCAACAGGCAGCAAUUGCUCGGUGUGCUCGCCGUCACUCUUCUUGCCUCUUGUCUCUUCAUUCUACUGCUGUUGGCGUUGAACACGAGCCGCGAAUGCGUGCAAGAGCCCCGUCCAAACAUUUGCAUGACAGAGGAAUGCGUGACAACAGCCGCCAGUUUAUUAUCAGCGAUGGAUCGCACAGCAGCACCAUGCGUGAAUUUCUUCCAGUACGCGUGUGGCACGUGGAAUCGUCGUCACGUGAUUCCGGAAGAUCGAAGCUCGAUCAGCACGUUCGAAGUGCUGGCCAAUCAGCUUCAAGUGAUUCUGAAACGCAUCCUAGAGGAAUCACCGAACGCCGAGGAUAACGAUGCUACUCUGAAGGCGAAGAUGUUCUACAAGUCAUGCAUGGACAUCCCUCGUAUAAGAAAAAUCGGCGACGCGCCGUUGAAGAGGACGCUGAAAUUCCUUGGCGGCUGGCCAGCGGUGGUUGGACCAUCCUGGAAGCCACCACCAUACCCCGUCGAAGUUUUAUUAGGUCGAUUACGAGGGGAAUACAACGAGGGAGUAUUACUAGAACAGUGGGUCGGUCCAGAUGACAAAAACUCCUCUGCCAAUAUCCUCCAGCUGGAUCAGAUGCAAGUGGCGUUGCCAAGUAGGGACUACUACUUGAAGAACAGCGAGGUUCAACUGAAGGCGUACCAUCGCUAUAUGACGAACGUUGCCGUGUUGCUUGGUGCUAAUCCACAAACCGCUGCUGAAGAAUUCAAUCGCGUGAUCAAUUUGGAGAAACAGUUGGCAAAUGCGUCGAUACCGGAGGCUGAUAGGCACGAUACAUCCGCCAUUUACCGGAAGUUAACGCUGCGCGAGCUGCAGCGUGAAAUUCCGCAGCUGAAGUGGCGCGAAUAUCUUCAAGAAUUCAUCAACUCGCCCAUAACGGAAGAAGAACCUAUCGUGGCAUACGCCAUGCCAUAUUUUAUGCAAAUGGGCCGUAUCGUGCAAAGAACAGAUCGCAGAACGCUACAUAAUUAUAUAUUGUGGAGAUUGGUGAUGUCGAUAAUGCCUCACAUGAUCGACGAGUACCAGCAGAAAAGGGUCGAAUUUCGCAAGAUUCUGUUAGGUAUACUAAGCGAGAGGGACAGAUGGUCCCAAUGUGUCGAAUGGACGAACAAAAAGCUUGGCAUGGCUGUGGGUGCACUUUUUAUUCGUGACAAUUUCAAUCAUGAGAGCAAGGAAACAGCACUGGAAAUGAUUCGCACGAUACGAGAAGCGUUCAAUGAACUCUUGGCUGAGAAUCAUUGGAUGGAUAAUGAAACUAGAGCUGUAGCUAAAAGCAAAGCUGAUUCUAUGAACGAAAGGAUUGGAUAUCCUGAGUUCCUGAAGGAUCCUGUGGAACUUUCGAAGGAAUACGUGAUGUUGAACAUUACCGAGAAUCAUUUCCUUGAGAACGUACUGGCUGUGCUGAAAUAUGACGCUUAUCAUAAUCUAGAGAAACUACGGAAGCCAGUUGAUAAAGACAAAUGGUCUACAGAGCCAGCCGUCGUGAAUGCCUUCUACAAUCCCAAUAAAAAUGACAUUGUCUUUCCAGCUGGUAUUCUUCAGCCACUGUUCUACUCUCAGCACUUUCCAAAAUCAUUGAACUAUGGUGGAAUAGGAGUGGUAAUCGGCCAUGAAAUUACUCAUGGUUUUGACGACAAAGGGCGUCAGUUUGACAAAGAUGGAAACAUGAUGCAGUGGUGGAACAACGCCACUGUGAAAGCUUUCAGAGAAAGAGCCCAGUGCAUUGUGGAUCAGUACUCUAAAUACAAGCUGCAGGAAGUUGAUCUGUAUAUCAAUGGGAGGAUGACUCAGGGAGAGAAUAUCGCUGACAAUGGAGGACUCAAACAGUCAUUCAGGGCGUAUAAGAAGUGGGUGUCGAUACACGGGGAAGAACCGAUGCUUCCUGGUGUGAAUCUCACUCACGAUCAACUGUUCUUCUUGAACUAUGCACAAAUAUGGUGUGGGUCCAUGAGACCAGAGGAUGCCUUGACGAAGAUACGAAGCAGCGUUCAUUCACCGGGUCCUAUAAGAGUUUUGGGACCUUUGUCCAAUAGCGAAGACUUUGCCAGGGCCUAUAAUUGUCCUCCAGGCUCACCGAUGAAUCCGACUAAAAAAUGCAACGUUUGGUAAUGUCGGAGUUUUCGAAAGAAGAAAAAUGGUCAAAGGGAGUCCAUAAUUGGGAAUUGUGGUGCCUGGUGCUCCGAAGAGACUAUAAUCGUCGUAUUGAUUGGUAACCACGAUGGGACCACAAAAGACUAUAGAGUUUUAUUUCGUCGUGGUUCACUGUGUGUGAGUCUUCUAGCACAGCAAGAGGGCUAUACUUGAUAGUACAUUGUGUGCAUGCGUGUGUAUGAAAGAAUGUGCCAGUUAAACAGAAGUCAUCGAGGGUGAAAUGAAUCUGACCACCGUGUGUCAGGCUAAAAUUUUCAUGAGUAAAAGCUGUGUAUAUAGAAGAUACGUUUUAAUCGUGUAUGUAAUCCUUUAUGUGUGAUUUAUCUCGUCGUGGACGAGUCUAAUAAACUUUUCGAUCAAAUUAAAGAGCAAAGCAAGGUGAAAUAGA